AUGGCCAGUGUGUUUGUUGUUGAUGCGGAGUUAAAGGACUCUGUUUUGGAGUUUGGGGCGAUUGUGGACGGAGUCAAUGAAACCAACGACUUUUCCCAAAGCUUGCAAGCUCAUUUUGUUAACGAAAGCUCUGAAAUUUCUGAUAAAGAUGAAUUAGUCAAGACCAUUUACAGUGGAGUCAGCAAUGAAGGUUUGAGCAAGUUAUCUGACAAGGAGUUUGAAUCAGCAUUCAACUUGGUUCUUUAUCUCGUAUUACAAUUGGAUGGAAGUAAAGGAAUUUCCAAUGGAGUUUUAAUUCAAACUUUGGUUGACAUAAAUCCUGUUAAGCAAGCUUCUUUAAGAGACAGAAGAUCUAUUAAGAGCACAACCAUUUUAUCAUGUUUCAACACUAUAUUCAAUGUUUUGCCUGCUAAUUCUGCCACUAGAAUUACUAUUUUGGAAAAGAUUUUUUACAUAGCCAAUGUUUCACAAGGUUCCAUCCCUUUCAAAUUACUUUCUGAAGGUCUUGGUAGCAACUUAAUAUCUUGGUUAACCAGUGCUGGAGCUUCUGAGACUCAAAUCAAAAGUUUAUUCUAUCAAUUUGUUGCCUUGGAUCAACAAUAUUCAUUGGAAACUCUUGGAUUAAUCAAAAAUUUCACUCAAAUUUAUACUGUUUCUGAAACUGAAGCCGAACAAAUCGCUCUUUUUGCUUUGAAGAGUGAAACCAUGGAUGUUUCAUCUUUAUUCAACAACAAUUUGACUUCUACAUUAAAGAAUUCAUCAUCAUCUGAAUUAUGUCAGUUAUUCUUGUCCUACGCCAAGGGUCAGGUGAUCAAGCACGUGCCUGAGCUGUUGGAAUUAUAUGCAGAACACAUUAAGUCUAAAUCUAGAGUUUUAAAUUUGGUUAAAUUCUUUGCUGAUAAUGAAGCUUCCAAGUCUAAAUUCACCUAUUCGGAAAUCCCGGAUGUUGUUGAUCAUCUUGACUUUGAAAUAUUGUUGAUCAAUGCCAUCAAAGCGGGUGUUAUUGAAGGAAAAUUGAAUCAAGUUGAACAAACAUUCUAUUUAACUAAAGUCAAUCGUUUCAUCAUUGCAAAGGAAGAUAACACUCAGAAUUGGGAAGCUGUUAAGAAGACAUUAUACAAUUGGAAGAAUGCUUUGAUUAACAUUAAUCAAGUUGUUAACGAAGCCAGGGAAAACAUAGUGCAACAGAACUAA